AAUUAAUCAAAUGAUUAAAUAAAGUAAUAUAAAUUGUCAACGUAUUGAAGUUUCACACUUACCUUGACACAAAUGCAAAAUGCUGUUGCUGUUGGCGUCUGUUCUCUGUCUUGUAGGUUUUAGCGGGGCAUGUAGCUGUUACCCUCGGCACCCGCAGUGGCAGUACUGUGCAGCGGGCUAUGUUGUUGUUGGUACGACUACAGACUUCUAUUUUCCGGGAUACAAUCCAGAUAAUCCAAAUGAAGGAGAAAAAGUUUUCACGUUGGAGAUUGAAAACCAAUAUAAAGGACCCCAGUUUCCAAACAAGCAGAAUUUUACCACAGCCCCACACGAAGCAUUGUGCGGCACACACCUGAUUAACAACACUAAGUAUCUUCUCACCGGGCGUGUUAAUGUGGAUGGUAGCGCGACCGUGUACCUGUGUGACUGGCAUUCGCCAUGGAGCAAUCUCACUCCAGAGCAGCAAAGGGGUAUAGAAGAGGGCAUCUAUCAAAACAAUUGCGGUUGUGACGUAUGUACUGUUGGGGGAGGUUCACCAUGUGGGGAACGAUCUUGCCCAUAUGACUAUACAAUAGGCAGGUGUUUCUACUUGCAUUCCUAUUGUAAGGAACAGUGCCUUCCAAAUGACGCGGAAUCCUGUCAAUGUAACUGGGAUUCAAACGAAGCUUUUGAUAGAUGUAUCUCGACACCAUAAAAACAAUGAGAGAAUGCUUAUGCUUGUUUUUUAAGUCGCAUGUAAUGUGAAAAUAAAUAUUGAGUAUAUAUA